AUGGCCAAUUUCACUGAUUACACCAGAAAUGAGGAGACCGAGGUCAAUAGCUGGAUUCGUUUCGGCUUGCGCCUUGGCGUUAGCGCAGCACUGCAUCCAUUUGAAUACUCAAAGGCGCUAAUACAAAUUGGAUACGAGCCGAUUGCCGCGAGACCCGGCAAGUCAAUGCUGGGCAGACCAAUUAUGGUCCUACCAAACAUCUUCCAGUACGCUGGUCAUAUCAAAAGAGUCGAUGGCUUCUAUGGUUGUUAUCGUGGCCUGGCACCCAAAUUAGCUGGCGCCGUUCUGAGCAUGGUUGUGAGUGAGCGCGUUGCCGAAAAGCUGGACCUUGCCCAUAAGGAGGACAAGGACGAGUCGGAGCUGACCGAGGAGGAGAACUAUGUGCAGUUCAAGUACAAUCUGAAGCGCGACAUUGUGUUGACGGUUAGCGGAAUUGUUGUCUCGCAUCCGUUCCAUGUGAUUUCGUUGCGGAUGAUGGCACAGUUUGUGGGUCGCGAGACGUUCUAUAACUCCAUUUUGGGCUCCAUUGCCGAGAUUUGGAAAACCGAAGGCAUACGAGGUUUCUUUUCCGGCCUGAUCCCCAAGCUGCUGUGCGACGUGGCCUGCCUUGUGCUAUCGAGCUCCACUGUUUUCAUACUCAACAAAUACUUCAUCAAGGACAAAGUGGCCAGGCAAUAUAAUGCCGGAUUUACCCAGUUUAUGUUCUCCAGUCUGCUAUAUCCACUGCAAGUGGUUUCCACAUGCUCCGCAAUCAGCGGUUCGCGUCUGAUGGCCGGCCAGCCGCCAAUAAUGCCAGAAUACAGCAAUUGGGUAGACUGUUGGAACGACUUGCAGUCGCGCAGAGAACUUAAGCGCGGCAGUUCCCUCUUCUGGCGCUCGCAAGUGCUGCAGGCGCCAAUAAUUGCAACCUCUGCCUUCGCCCCACUGCCCAAGCUGUCCCGCUACCAAUAGAUGACCUGUUUAUGAAGACGCGAUUCGGCAAUGACCACAACGGGAAUAGCCGGAACGACAUCCACCGAGAGAGACGCGUCUGCCUGCAUUUUUAUAUAGCUCGUCGAGGGCCGCCCUAAGACAACUGCAUUUCUUUUCCCCGUUGCGAUUCUUAUGCAUAAUAGUAAAUCUCUAUGUUAAAGUGGUCGCUUAAAUUAUGAUUAUCGAGUAACAAACAAUUAUUGCGAACGCAUUGUAUAAUUUUAUAACUUAAUUUCCUUGUUGGCAUCGAAUGCCAUUCCAAAGAAUCACAUGUACGAUGAGACUUUCAAUUUAUUUUAAAUAGCCAGCCACUAGUUUCUUGUUACUAUUUUAACCGAGAAC